CAGCCGGCUUUUCCGGUUGGAGGUUGGAGGUGGUGCCCGGAGCGCCCCUGAAGGGGGUGGGGGUCCACGCCCCGGAAGUCCCGAGUCUCGGGACUCUCUGUGGUCCAGUGACGGAGGGAUCCGGGGCUGGCCGCCUGGGUACCGGGUGUCCGGAGUCAAGGAAGCAGAGCGAAGUGUUUGGGACUGGCGUCAAGUGUGGGAGGAGAUGCCUGGGCUCGGGGAGAAGGCCACACCGGCGAGCGGUGGAGCAGCGGCCUCGUGGAAUGCCCCUCCUGAGCUCUGAGAGGGCAAGCCCAGUCCCAGCGAGGCAGGGGUCCCUGGGAACAGAGGUGGCGAGGACUUACCGAGCAGAGGGAUGAUUCCGGUGGCGGAGUUCAAGCAGUUCACGGAGCAGCAGCCUGCCUUCAAGGUGCUCAAACCUUGGUGGGACGUGCUGGCCGAGUACCUCACCGUAGCCAUGCUCAUGAUCGGGGUCUUCGGCUGCACCCUCCAGGUGACACAGGACAAGAUCAUCUGUCUGCCCAGUCAUGAACCCCGGGAGAAUUUAUCUGAAGCCCCGUGCCAGCAGCUGCUGCCGCGGGGGGUCUCAGAGCCCAUGGGGGACCUCCGGGAGUUGAGCGGCCUGAAAAACAACCUGGACCUGCAGCAGUACAGCUUCAUCAACCAGCUCUGCUACGAGACGGCCCUCCACUGGUACGCCAAGUACUUCCCCUACCUGGUGGUCAUCCACACGCUCAUCUUCAUGGUCUGCACCAGCUUCUGGUUCAAGUUCCCCGGCACCAGCUCCAAGAUCGAGCACUUCAUCUCCAUCCUGGGCAAGUGUUUUGACUCGCCAUGGACUACUCGGGCGCUGUCCGAGGUCUCCGGGGAGAACCACAAGGGCCCUGCCACCACCACAGCUGGGCGGGCGACAGUGACCGUGACCACAAUAGCAGGGCCGGGGAAGGCAGGGGAGGGCGAGAAGGAGAAGGUGUUGGCAGAGCCCGAGAAGGUGGUGACAGAGCCCCCAGCUGUCACCCUGCUGGACAAGAAGGAGGGGGAGCAGGCCAAAGCCCUGUUUGAAAAGGUCAAGAAAUUCCGCGUGCAUGUGGAGGAGGGCGACAUCCUAUAUACCAUGUACAUCCGGCAGACGGUGCUCAAGGUCUGCAAGUUCUUGGCCAUCCUGGUCUACAACCUGGUCUAUGUGGGAAAGAUCAGCUUCCUGGUGGCCUGCAGGGUGGAGACCUCGGAGGUGACGGGCUACGCCAGCUUCUGCUGCAACCACACCAAGGCCCACCUCUUCUCCAAGCUGGCUUUCUGCUACAUCUCCUUCGUGUGCGUCUACGGGAUCACCUGUCUCUACACCCUCUAUUGGCUCUUCCACCGGCCCCUCAAGGAGUACUCCUUCCGGUCGGUGAGGGAGGAAACCGGCAUGGGCGACAUCCCCGAUGUCAAGAACGACUUCGCCUUUAUGCUGCACCUCAUCGACCAGUACGACUCACUCUACUCCAAGCGCUUUGCUGUCUUCCUCUCUGAGGUCAGCGAGAGCCGCCUGAAGCAGCUCAACCUCAACCACGAGUGGACUGCCGAGAAGCUGCGGCAGAAGCUGCAGCGCAACUCCCGGGGCCGGCUGGAACUGGCCCUCUGCAUGCUCCCGGGGCUGCCAGACACGGUCUUUGAGCUCAGCGAGGUGGAGGCACUGCGGCUGGAGGCCAUCGGUGACAUCACCUUCCCCCCAGGACUCUCACAGCUGGUUCACCUGCAGGAGCUGAGCCUGCUCCACUCACCCGCCAGGCUUCCAUUCUCCUCACAGAUCUUCCUGCGGGACCGCCUGAAGGUCAUCCGAAUCAAGUGCGAGGAGCUGCGGGAGGUGCCCCUGUGGGUGUUUGGGCUGCGCGGUCUGGAGGAGCUGCAUCUAGAGGGUCUCUUCCCCCCAGAGCUGGCCCGGGCGGCCACCCUUGAGAGCCUCCGGGAACUGAAGCAGCUGAAGGUGCUGUCUCUGCGGAGCAACGCCGGCAAGGUUCCCGCCAGUGUUACUGAUGUGGCCGGCCACCUUCAGCGGCUCAGCCUGCACAACGACGGGGCGCGUCUGGUGGCACUGAACAGCCUCAAGAAGCUGGCGGCACUGCGGGAGCUGGAGCUGGUGGCCUGCGGGCUGGAGCGCAUCCCCCAUGCCGUCUUCAGCCUAGGUGCACUGCAAGAGCUUGACCUCCGGGACAACCACCUGCGUUCCAUCGAGGAGAUCCUCAGCUUCCAGCACUGCCGCAAGCUCCUCACGCUCCGGCUGUGGCACAACCAGAUCGCCUACGUCCCCGAGCACGUGCGGAAGCUGCGGGGCCUUGAGCAGCUCUAUCUGAGCCACAACAAGCUGGAGACGCUGCCCACCCAGCUCGGCAUGUGCUCCAGCCUCCGCCUGCUGGACGUCUCGCACAAUGGGCUUCACUCCGUGCCAGCCGAGCUGGGUCUCCUGCAGAAUCUUCAGCACUUGGCUCUCUCCUACAAUGCCCUGGAGUUUCUACCCGAAGAGCUCUUCUACUGCCGCAAGCUGCGGACGCUGCUCCUAGGUUACAACCACUUGAGCCAGCUCGCACCCCAGGUGGGGGCCCUCAGGGCCCUCAGCCGCCUGGAGCUCAAGGGCAACCGGCUGGAAGCACUGCCGGAAGAGCUCGGCAACUGUGGGGGGCUCAAGAAGUCGGGGCUCCUGGUGGAGGACACCCUUUACGACGGGCUGCCGGCGGAGGUACGGGACCGGAUGGAGGCGGAGUGAAGCCGGGGAGGGAGGACAGGUUGAGGUCAAUGCGUCCCGGAUGCUACCGCCCCGGAAUCUACCAUUAUCUUCAAGGGAGGUGGCAAAGUGGGCCCCAGCCAGGAGACAAGGAACAGACAUGUCAGGUUGAUGGAGCCCAGGCAAGAUCCUGAGACUGGUUUGUCUGGGAGGUUGUGGAUUUGGGGUGGAACAUCCUGGAGAGAUUAACUCAGUCAGAAGACUCUCAGACCAAAACCACACCCGUGUCUUUGGCUUGGCUGACCUGCCCCUAGCCCUGGGCCAGAGAUGCUGCCCUCCCCCAGACAGCAACCACAGUACCCCAUAUGGGGGGUGGGGUGGGGGAGGCUCAUCCCAAUGGGAUUUCAACCCUUUCCCCCUGUCCAAAACAGCUUACAUCUGGGGUUUUCUCCCAACGAGGGGACACAGAUAUAAGGGACCAACCUCCCCCCCCCCAAUUUUGAUAUUUAUUUCCUAUUUAUAAGUUGCUUUCUAUGGACACCUGAACUCAGAAAGCAAUGGUUCUCAUAUUUGGCUGAAAUCAACAUCUCCAAAACAAAACAUCCUAGCCCGCACCCUUGAAAGGCUGACUCAGGACGUUGGCUGGAGGCCAGGAACUUGCUGGUAAACAGAAGCAUCCCAGGUAAUUCUGAUUCGGACCAUCCCAGGCCUGAAUGUUGGGAAAUGCUGACCUACAGAGCAGAUAUCUGGGUGUCGAGAGCAGGGAUUCUGAACUUGGUUUUAGAUCCCUAGAUGCUUUGAGAAAUCUGAUGAAAGCUGGGCACCUCCUUCCUCAGGAAAAUGCUCCUGUUCACAUAAGUUAAAAGCUCUGCAGGCAACUUCAAGCAAUCAACAUUCCCCCAGACCCCCCAGGGGGCUAUUCAUGGACGUGCUAAUGACUGGAACACCUGCAAAGGAGGUACAUUUUUCUGUAGGCUGGGGCUUUCUUUCAAUGUUCCCUAUGUGAGGGAGUGUAUAUCAGUGGGUGCUUAAUAAAUAACACUAACUAUGAGAACUAUA